AUGUCGAACCCUCAAGAUAAUCUAGGCGCUCCUCCACCACCUUCUGCUUCUGGUUCAUCCACACCUCUUUCACCCAUUACAAACCUCCAGCCUAAGAAAAGGCGUGUUAAAAUGCUCGCUCAAAAAACUAUAGCCACAAGUGCAUUGUCGAAGAGAUUGAACACACAAUUGAAGGCUACCCAAGCCCAAGAAUCUAAACACUCAGACGAUUCCUUCAAGUCUGCAAGUGAGGGGGAAGGACCUGCGUCUUCUGACUCUGAGAAGAUUCAGAGUUCCCCUUCUGAGGUACGUUCGCCAUUGGUUGAAAGUGUAGAAAAUAGGUGUGUUCUUGUUAGGAGAAAAUGGCAAAAAACAAGGGGAAGUGGAUCAGGGGAGGCUGUUGAGGGUUUGGUAAAUUUGAGUUCUCAUAUGGAUGAAUCGGGUUCAUCUAUUGAAGAAACCAUAGCAGAUCUUCUAAAGAAAGUAGGUGCCAGUUAUAAUCCCAAGAAAAGGAGAACACCAACGCCUAAGAUUCCAAGCACUACAAAGAACACCAAGAAAAGAAAGGUCAAUUCCCCAACAACUACUGAAAUUCCCUUGCCAAAGGGGAGAACCACAAGAAGUAUCGUGAAACAGAGUGAGAGUGAAUUACAAAAGGCUUUGGAUGAAAGUAAGAAGAAAAGGAUAGAUAAAGGAAAAGCUAAGGUUGCAGAGACUUUUGAGGUUGUUGAUGUUGAGGAGAUGGAACUGGUCCAUCAAGAGGAACAUACAACUGUGGAGGUUCAGAUCCCCAAGCCUAAAAAGACCAAGACCUCUUCCAAGAAGUCUUCAUCAGGGUCCAAGGCUGCUGAAUCUUCAUUGGUCAAGAGGACAAGGUCUGCAAUGAAAAACAAACCAGUUAGAAUUGCGGAGGAUGAGGAAUGA